AGGCGCACCUCUCACUGCGCACGCGCACUGGAAUGGGUCCCCCUGCCGUGAAUGCGCACGCGCAGGGGCUGGCAAGAUGGCGGCGCCCGUGGACCUGGAGCUGAAGAAGGCUUUUACUGAACUGCAGGCCAAGGUUAUCGACACACAGCAAAAGGUGAAGCUGGCAGAUAUACAAAUUGAGCAACUAAACAGGACGAAAAAGCAUGCACACCUCACUGAUACGGAGAUUAUGACUCUGGUGGAUGAGACACGCAUGUAUGAAGGUGUAGGGAGAAUGUUUAUCCUUCAGUCCAAGGGAGUAAUUCACAACCAACUCUUAGAAAAACAAAAAAUAGCAGAAGAGAAAAUUAAAGAACUUGAGCAGAGGAAGUCGUACCUGGAGCGGAGUGUAAAGGAUGCUGAAGAUAACAUCCGAGAAAUGUUGAUGGCCCGAAGAGCACAGUAGGGGCGUGGCUCCCUCAGCCAAGUUGGUCCAUUUCACUGGUGCCCACGCUGAUUAGCUAGAACGGAGAUGUUUUCUAGACGAGAUGACCUUGUGCUCUGUUUGCUGCCACCUGUUGGUGGGAGGAGUUUGUUUUGAAUGCGUUGGAUGUUGUGUCUCACCCUUUCUGUAUCUGGAUGUUGUAAUAAACUCUUCUUGCAAAGA